UCCCAAUAGUUCAACUUUUAAUAAAUGUUUUAUUAUAUGCAAAUUAAAUUUUCCCCAAAUAUUUUAUGUUUGUCUUCCUGAUUUCUGUACUCUGAGAAGUAAUGUCUAUUUAAAUGUGCUGCAUUUACUCACGGCUCAUGUUUUAAAUAAGUUGUCAAGUAAGAAUUCUUUUAAAAAGAUGUAAAACAGCCUUUUAAGUCAACAUAUUACUUGCUAUUUUCCUGAGACCUAUUAUGUUAAGAUAGCACCUUAAAAUGAAUGUUUUAAAGCUGUAUUCUAUUUAGAGCUACUUAUUUGUGUUUGUGUGGGCUAGAACAUUGUGGGGCUUGACCUACAGAGUACAUGUUUAGUUUAUCUGCCAUUUCCCUUUGCAGGCUUGUUUUGAUCCACCUCUUGAAGUGGUUUCCACCAGGAACCCAAUUAUGUACAACAAAAGAGUGGCUGACCCAGUCCAUCCUGACCUUGAUGGUUUAUUGGUGAAAAACAAGAAUCUUUUAGCUGAGCUGAGAAAUCUUCAAAACAAACUUUUAAUAAAAGAAACUUCCGUGCAAGAGAUGAAGAGUGAACUAGAAAGUUAUAAAGAAAAUAAUGUGAAACAGUCGUUCCAGAUAAUGUCCCUGAAAAAUGAUAUCAAGGACCUAGAAGAGCUUAUUGCUUCUCUAACCAGAAUUAAAUCUUUGAAAAGCAUCAAUGUUCACAGUCUCGAAAGAGUCAACUGGGAUCUAAAUGAAAGAAUCAUGGAACUAGAAAACCGUCUGAGAUUACAUCUGGUUGAAAAGGAAAAGGCAGAGCAAAAAACAAAACUUUUGGAGAAAAAAUUAGCAGGUGCUAAUGAACUCACCCCUUAUAUGAAUACAAAAGGACAAGAAGAUACCGCUGGUAGUUUCAUGAUAAAGGAUAAAGGUAAAGCUAUCCUGGUCAAGAACUGUGAGAGAGACGACAACAUUUUUCACUCCGAGGGACCAAAAGAUGGGCAGAAAAUUUGGGAUAAAUGUCAACAGGAUUUGAUCCAUACGGAAAAACAAAAACAUAAUUUAGACAGACCUCCAUAUUCGUCCAGCUGGGAAGCUAAAACUGCGCAAUCCCACUCUCAGAAAUUCCUCGGUCAGUUGGCUACUCUCCUGAGCGAUAGCGUUGCCCCCGUCCCAGCCACGGAGGAAGCCGUGAAAGAGAGGAUUCAGGAAAUCGGUGCCAAUGAGCAGUCCUGGAAGUCUAGAACCGAAGGCCUUCAGCAGGAAAUUCAGAUACUCACUAAGCAGCUGGAGCAGGUGCAUCAUCACCGUGAAGAAUCGUCCCAACCUGAAGAGAAGUGCGGGGAACAAAAAAGACCCUUGAAACGUCUGGAAGGAAAAAUUGCUAUUAAUGACUUUUUUCAAGAGAGAUUAGACUUGGGCAGGAAUAAAGUAAGAAUUCAUGAAGUAUAAGGCGUCUGACAGUGAAAAUGAUCAUAUUUUGUUAUAUUAUCUGAUGUUUAAAGCUGUUAAUGUUUAAAGCUUUAAAUAUUGGGAAAGAGAGGAAAUUUUGCUCAAAACCCUUGUGAUUUAAUCAAAAAUCCUAUCCUCACUUCAUAUUUUCUAUUUCUCAUUUUAUACAUAUUUGAUAGUUACUGGGAGGGCAUUUAUUAAUGUAUUCCUUAAUGUACUUUUGAAAGGUGGGUUAGAGGAAAAUGAGCUCAAAGGAAUGACUCUCUGAAGGUGGAAUUUCAGGCACUGUGUCAGUUAGAUGAGAUGGAUAUUAGAAGGAGCCAUGGGUGAUACCCUCAGUAAUUAUUUUAUAGGCCAUUACCUUCUGCUUCUUUAAACCUGUAAGGAAGAAAUCGGUCCUAAAACUGGCAUGAAAAUAGCUAGGAUGCAAUAUAAUUUAUUUUCAGAAGAUUUUUAUUCGAUUUCACUACUUAUCCUCAGAAUUGCUCAUCAUACUCAUGCCUAUGUUAUAUUAUUUCUAUAAUUGCUAUGGCCCAAAAUGUAAUCUCACUCACUCACUUGCUCAUUUAGUCUCUCAUUUCAUUCAUUUAUUCACUCACUUAUUCAGUAUGUAUUGAAUGCUCAGUUUGAAAAACUUCCAGCACUUAAUGAAGUGGUAUCAACAAUGUCCUCCACAGAGUCCAAUGAUGAAUUCAUCUUUUACUGCUAGUUUCUUCCCCAUGUCCACCCCAAAGAAAAUCAAUUUUAUGUAUUUAAUGUGUGUCUUUUUGUUUAUAGAUGGAUGUUCUUUUAAAUGUGAUUUUUGUGCAUAUAUUUUAAAUUUGUGUAAGUGGUAUUGUAUUAAAAAUCUGAUUGUACUCAGCAUCAUGU